GGUAGAGGGGUUCUCUUUCCGGGUGAAUUGAAACUGCAUGUUGUGUCUCUAGUUGUGUUUGCAAUAUAUUUUCCAAUUUUUUGUAUAUUAAAUUCUUGUUGAAACAAAUCAUAAUGUCCCGGGGAUCCAGCGCGGGUUUCGAUCGACAUAUUACCAUCUUUUCUCCCGAAGGUAGACUCUACCAAGUAGAAUACGCAUUCAAGGCUAUUAAUCAAGGCGGUCUGACCUCAGUAGCUGUCCGAGGAAAGGACUGUGCGGUAGUUGUCACACAGAAGAAAGUACCGGACAAGCUGCUGGAUUCCAACACUGUCACCCAUUUGUUCAGAAUAACUGAAACCAUUGGCUGUGUGAUGUCUGGGAUGACAGCUGACAGCCGGUCCCAGGUCCAGAGAGCUCGUUACGAAGCCGCAAACUGGAAAUAUAAAUAUGGCUACGAGAUCCCCGUGGACAUGCUUUGUAAGAGAAUCGCAGACAUUUCUCAGGUCUACACACAGAAUGCGGAGAUGAGGCCUCUUGGCUGUUGCAUGAUCUUGAUUGGAGUGGACGAAGAGUUCGGCCCUCAGGUGUACAAAUGUGAUCCGGCUGGGUAUUACUGUGGGUUCAAGGCCACUGCCGCUGGCGUCAAGCAGACGGAGGCCACCAGCUUCCUCGAGAAGAAGGUGAAGAAGAAACUCGACUGGACCUUCGACCAAACGGUAGAGACAGCAAUAACCUGUCUGUCUACGGUGUUGUCCAUUGACUUCAAGCCCUCAGAGCUAGAAAUUGGCGUUGUUACAACAGAAGACCCUAAAUUCAGGAUCCUGUCAGAAGCUGAGAUCGAUGGACACCUGGUGUCUCUAGCAGAGAGAGAUUGAACUUGUACUGAAUCUAUAGGCCAGGCCAGAGAGUGAUUGAUCCCCUGUAAGCACUGCUAAAGAAUAUAGAAUGCAGGUCAAACCUUAUGACCAUUGUUAGCUGUAUAUUUACCCUGUUCCAUUAAAAAGAAGGUUUUGGAAAAUGUU